AUGCCCGAGCCCAAAGUUCCAUUUGGAAAGAAAUUUAGGCAAAAGUACUUCACAAAACUAGACCUGAAUGUUGUUAAUGUUAAUCAUGGAUCUUUCGGUUUAACGCCAGAUCCAAUUUUAGAUUCUUAUAUAAAAAAUAUUGAAAAGCAAUGCUUGUUUCCUGAAAAAGUUAUUAGAUAUGACAAUAGAGGUGAUUACAUUGAGGCCUUAAAAUUAGUGGCAGAUAAAGAUUUAUUAAAUUGUGAUUAUCAUAAUUUGGCUUUGUUAGAAAAUGCAACUUUAGCAGUGAACACAGUUUUGAGAUCUUACCCUUUUGCUAAAGGCGACAAAUUUGUAAUCUCUUCAACAACCUACAGGGCAUGUGCCAAUACAGUUAAAUUUUUAGAAAAUAGAAUUGGAAUUGAAGCUAUUGUCAUUGAACUUAACUUCCCAUUGACCAACAAAGAAAUUUUGGAAAAGUUCAAAAGAGAAUUCGAAAAGAGUUCACCAAAAUUAUGUUUAUUUGAUACAGUUUCAUCUCUUCCUUCUGUUAGAUUUCCGUUUGAGCUGAUUACUAAAUUGUGUAAAGAAUAUGGAGUAUUAUCUCUAAUUGAUGGUGCCCACGGCAUAGGCCUUAUCAAAUUAUCUUUAGAAGAUUUGAAACCAGACUUUUUUGUCACGAACUUACACAAGUGGCUUUUUGUUGAAAGAGGUUGUGCAGUACUUUAUGUUGAUCCAAAACACCAGAGAAAGGUUCAUUCGAUACCCAUUUCAUUUGCCUACUUGGACGACGAUACCCCUUUAGAAACUGAAGAAUUAAAUAAGAUGCGAUUUAUUGACACAUUUGAAUACACUGGUACUACAAACAAAGCAAACAUCCCUACAAUUAGAGAGGCAAUUCAGUUUAGGAAGGAUAUAUGUGGAGGUGAAUCUGUAAUUCAGAAAUACUGUGAAGAUUUGAGCCAUCAAGUAGUUUAA